AUGUCUUUACUCGGAAAUCUUCUCGGCGGUGUUGGAAACACAUUCGGUAGCGUGGGCAACGCGGUCGGCGGUAUCGGCAAUCUCGUCGGAGGCGAAACUGAGGUCCCGGCGAACAACGCCGCCGAAGGCGACGAUGCCGGUGAUGAUACCAACAACAAUGCCGGCAACGAUGCGAAUGUAAAGGUUCCCGAAAACGGCGGCCUCCUCAAUCGAGCUCCUGCUACCUCGGCUGCUCCCCAGACAACCCUCGUCACUCGACCAUCUCCCAUUCCCGUAACCCAAGAGGAACAAGAGUCAGAGGAACAGGAGUCCGCCAAUACCGAUGUCGUGACCCCGCCGGUGGGUGGUGAUAUACCCGAACCGACGCCGUCCGUCCCCUCUCUCCCCGCUUCCGACGGUGGUUCUUCGAUGCCACCCAACCUGAUUCCCAUUGUCGGUGCUUCUGCGGGUGGCUUGCUCCUGAUCAUCAUCAUCGCCAUCAUCAUGACAACUCGGUACAGGAGGCGAAGGUGGCCUUUUGCCAAGCGCGAGAGCUUUGCUCGUCUCGAUGACGAAGUCGAGACGAUCCAGACCUCUACUUCUGGCUCCAAGUGGGAUCCUUCUAGGGUCGGCCCCGGAGCGAGUCGGAUUAGCCGGUUCAUGGCAAACCGCUCUGGAUGA